GUCUCAUCUACAAUCCUUCAAAAGCCUCAAACACUUCUCUAGCAUUGCCUUUUGAGAAAAUCCCCCACAAACGUAAACCUUUUAAUACAUUUACUACAUUCAAUCGAUUUAGUACAGCUGAGCUGCUAAAUAAACAACAUGUCGGAAUUUAGCUUCAACGAUUACCUUCUCGACGACCAAUACCAAUUCUUCGACGGGGCCGAUCUCCACUCUCCUGUCUACCCCGUCGACGAGCAUCAAACCCUUCAAGGUCCUCCUCAGCCCUUCCAGUUUGAAGAGUUCCUUAACCAGCCAGAUGCAGAGAUGCAAGGAAAUCCCACUCAAGUUGAGUUAUCCCUUCCUCACAUUACUGACAAUGCAACAGUCAACCUUCGGCCCUUCAACCGAAGCAUCAUCUAUCCUCAGUCAUUCAACCAAGGUUUCAUUGGUAGCAUGCAACCAGUUCAACAGGUCCCUGCUCCUUUUGAGUUUCCUCCUUAUUACGAAAACUCUGUCUUGAAUGAAUUCCCUGACCCAGCUUAUCCUUUGCACAUCAUUGAUCGAGCCGGUCGAUUGCCUCGAAACAUUAUGGCGGCACUUCAGCAAGGAGUGAAACGACACAGAGAAUUCGACGACCAAAUCCUUCAAGCCAUCGCUAGCGGCAUUGAUACCAGUGAGCCCUUUGGGCUCGAUCAACAGUCAAACAAGAAGCGCGAGACAUCCAAGGGUAAGGGUAAGGCUCUUGCCAUCUCCAUCGAACAAGAUCCAGAAGAACUUGUACUGUCGGAAUAUGAAUAUGACGCGGAGGAUUUUACACUCUCAGACAACGAAGCUGAACCCGAGUCAGGACCAGCACCAGGGCCAGCACCAAAAGAGGACGAAACUCCCGUCAGACCCAUCAAGGUACCUGGAAAGAAAUGGAUCAAGCCCAACGCGACAACAUUAGGUAAAAACAAGCGUAGCAAGAACAUUCAGUCGCUGAACCCAUCCAGCUUCUACACUCCACUUGCACAACCACCUAGAAGUUGGGGAGCUCCAAAUCGUGCUGGCGUGCAUCCGUUCCAGUACACCAAGGAUGGAGAGUUAAAGCCACAUGUCAGGUACACAGUCAACCAGAUACAAGAGUUCAUCUUCAACCAUCCAGGUCACACAGUCCAAGGACAAAGACACACCAAACACUCCGGACUCACACUCUGGGUUCAGAACGUUCCAUCCGACUCCGCCGCACGCUACUCGCAUCAGAACUCCGACAAGUGCCGUUUUGAAGACUGCCCAGUCCGCAACGGCACCAUCCACAAGGGACACUACCGAGUUGCCUUCGAUGAGCAAUCAUCUGACCCGCUCAUCACCGACCCUUUUCACAACGCCGGACAUGUUCAUCUCUACUGCCUUGAAAAAUUCCUCGACUUUCCCUUCCUCUGCGCCAAUUUCAACGUUAGACCUGAUGAUCGUAUCCUCCCCGAGGGCCGAAACAAGAUGGCUAUCACACGAGAUCACCUCGAGAUGAAGAAAGACGUCAGCAAGUUCAUCCGCCGCGCAGAGAGAAACUUCGCACACCAAAGUACUAUUGCUCCUCGCAAUAGCUACAGCUACGAGAAUACCCUUAGCUAUACUUUGACCGCAAAGGCCUUGGAGCUUGAACCCCCCAACCGUCAAAGGUUCCGGGACAAUCGUCCAAAUGCAAACUCCAUCGACAAGCACAUGAAUAACCUUGACCUUUUUGUUGCAGCCAUCAACAACCGAAAGGGAAAGCAAGUCGCAGGAAAUGCAUCGGAUUUCGAAGCUCCAUUUUUCAGACAACCCAGAAAGAACAACAAGCGAAAGGCGGUUGAGGUCGAUGAGGAAGAAGAUGCUGAGUUUGAAAUCGAUGACAAGGUCUUGAAUGUUGACGACGAUACCAUCGCUGCUGACACCGCAAUAGUCUCAUCAAAGGCCAAGCCAAGUUCCAGACCAGCCAAGAAAGCCCGCAUUCAAAGAAAGAGAAAGGCAAAGGUUGUCGUGGUCUCCAGCGACUCUAGCGACGACUCUGCCGAUGACAGCGAUAUCUCGGAAUGGGCCCCGGUAGUCAAACGAAGCACUUCAAGGUAAGUCAUUCUUCCACGUCAGACACAUACACGAGGUAAGUGAGUAUCUCAUUCAGCAAGAAGAAGAAGAAGAAGAAGAAGAAGAAGAAGAAGGGGUAAGACCUGAUAGAUUUCGGUAAGUAUUGUUUCUUUACAUCACAUCAAGAUUGUCAGAGCUGGACUUUGACAAUUUUAUUUCCUAAAUCGCUUA